AUGGCUGAGUUUUCAAACCACAAAGAGCGUCGUGACGACAGGGACUUUGACCGGCCCCCUCGGCGUGAGUACUAUGACCGGAAUCGAUCCCCUCCUCCACCGCCGCCGCGAGAGAGGGACUAUCACAAGCGCGGCAGGCUGAGCCCCAGCCCUCCACCUCCCCCUUACAGAGACCGACGUGGAGGGGGCCCGCAUUCUCCGCCUCCAAGGAGAUCGCCCCCGUUUCCUCCACACAAGCGAAGGAGGGACGAUGUUUAUGAUGGAAGGAGGGGAAGUCCCAGAGGAGGGCGUGGGCCAGGGGACCGAAGAUUUGGGUAUGAUUAUCCUGGUGGAUACGAGCGUGAGACUGGAGGCAGAUAUCAUGCUGAAAGGCCUCACGGUCGCUACAUGGGCCGUGGUGGCUAUCAAGGUGGUCCAUCUGAAUGGGGUUCUGGUCGUGGUGGUUUUUCUGAAGCUUUUAACAUGGGGCGAAUGCAAAGGGAAGGAAUGAUGUCUUAUAAGCAGUUCAUUCAGGAGCUUGAAGAUGAUAUCCUGCCAGCUGAAGCAGAGCGCAGGUACCAAGAGUACAGGACAGAGUAUAUAUCGACUCAGAAAAGAACUUAUUUUAAUGCGCAUAAGGAUGAGGAAUGGUUGAAAGACAAGUAUCAUCCAACAAAUUUGAUUGCUGUUAUAGAACGGAGGAAUGAACUUGCAAGGAAAUUAGCAAAGGAUUUUCAACUUGACUUGCAGAGUGGGACUUUGGAUGUAGGUCCCAGUUUUAGUACUUCGUCAUCGAACAAAGCUGAAGAGCCAGGUGAGCCUAAUUCGGAAGACGAACCAGAUGCCGCUGGUAAACGAAGGCGGCCUGGUCGGGCAGGUGCCAAAGAGCAUGAUAGCUUGUCUGCCCCAAAGGCCCACCCCGUAUGUUCUGAGCCCGGACGGAUCCUAACCGAUAUCGAACAAGCUCAGGAUCUUGUACGGAAACUCGACACCGAGAAGGGAAUCGAGGACAAUGUCUUGUGCAGAGCUGAUAACAGCAGAACAGGCAGAGAUAAGCCGCACGGUAGUUCGAGUGGUCCUGUUGUUAUCAUACGUGGUCUAAAUACAAUCAAAGGCCUCGAGGGUACCGAGCUUCUGGACACCCUUCUCACUUAUCUCUGGCGCGUUCAUGGGGUUGACUAUUAUGGGCUAGUUGAAUCGAAUGAGGCGAAAGGCCUACGGCACGUGAGGCUGGAAGGCAAGAUUUCUGAGAGUUCCGUUAACGGUAGUGAGUGGGAAAAGAAAUUGGAUUCCCGGUGGCAGGAGAGGCUGAAGGGUUCGGAUCCUUUGGAGAUUAUGACUGGGAAGGAGAAAAUAGAUGCGGCUGCAGCUGAAGGUUUGGACCCAUAUGUCCGCAAAAUCAGAGAUGAGAAAUAUGGGUGGAAGUAUGGGUGUGGGGCAAAAGGCUGUACAAAGCUUUUCCAUGCGGCUGAGUUUGUUCACAAGCAUUUGAAGUUGAAACACCCGGAGCUUGUGGCGGAACUCACAUCGAAACUGUGUGAGGAGCUCUAUAUUCAGAACUACAUGAAUGAUGAAAAUGCACCUGGAGGGAUGCCCAUCAUGCAGCCGUCCUUGAAGGAGAAGCCGCAGAGACGAAGGCCUGGCAUGGAUAAUAGAUUAAAAGAUGAAAGGGGAAACACAUGGGAACGGGAUGGUCGUGCCAAUAGCAACGGACGAUUUGAUAGGUCCGAAAAUCCUCAGUCUGGUGAUUUCGCCAAUAGCAAUGGGGACAAUGCGGAUGAGUCUAUGUUUGAUUCGUUUGGUGGGCAAGGUAUUCCGGUUGCGGCCUUCCCUUCGGAUAUAGCUCCCCCUUUGCUGAUGCCUGUUCCUGGUGCUGGUCCACUGGGGCCUUUUGUUCCUGCCCCUCCUGAAGUUGCAAUGCAAAUGUUGCGGGACCAAGGAGGUCCGGGCCCAUUUGAAGGAGGCAGACCGGGACCCCCAUUAACUGGAUCUUCUUCAAUAAUUGCCUUGCCGCCCACUCUCCGACAGGAUCCUCGGCGUUUGCGUAGUUAUAAUGACCUAGAUGCUCCAGAUGAUGAAGUCACUGUGAUAGACUACCGGAGUUUAUAG